AUGACAAGGGAAGCGGAACAGAGAGAGUCACGAUUGAGAGACGACAUGGAGAAGUUGAGAAUUCAAGAAGAGCAGACUCUUGAGACUCUUGACAUAAAGAUAGAUGCGAUGAUGGAGAUGCGAACUCAGGCUAUCAUGGAUAGGGCAGCCGCGAGGGAUGCUCUUAAUAGAGUGCAACAGGAACUGAAAACAAAAGAGAUCGAGCAAAAAGUGAAGCUCGAAUUGGAAAAUGAGAAACUACGGGAGAAACGGAAUACCUUCGAGGCAACAGAAGUCGAAGAAACAAAGGCACCAAGUGCCAUAUGGAAGCAAAAUACAAUCGAUAAUCUCGGUAGCGGGACACCAGCGAAUGCGCGCAGAAAAGAAAAACCGCAAGAGCUGGCAACGAAGAAGAUGAAGGCGGUAACGGAUGAGACAUGUGAACCAGAACCGGUGACUGCGGCGGAUGACUUCAAGGUUGAUUAUAGGGCAGCCGCGAGGGAUGCUCUAAAUAGAGUGCAACAGGAACUGGUAACAAACGAGAUCGAGCAAAAAGUGAAGCUUGAAUUGGAAAAUGAGAAACCACAGGAGAAGCUGAAUGCCUUCGAGGCAACAGAAGUCGAAAAAACAAAGGCACCAAGUAGUUUGAGCAUGAAACUAAAUGUGAUCUCCGGGCAGAGGUUCGCAGACAUCAAGAAUCCAAGGCAUGAGGCAGCUUUAUCGGUUGAGAAAGCCAGUAAGGCUCGCCUAUUGAGUGAAGCGGAGGUGCGCAGAAAAGAAAAACCGCAAGAGCUGGCAACGAAGAAGAUGAAGGCGGUAACGGAUGAGACAUGUGAACCAGAACCGUUGACUGCGGCGGAUGACUUCAAGGUUGAUUAUAGGGCAGCCGCGAGGGAUGCUCUAAAUAGAGUGCAACAGGAACUGGUAACAAACGAGAUCGAGCAAAAAGUGAAGCUUGAAUUGGAAAAUGAGAAACCACAGGAGAAGCUGAAUGCCUUCGAGGCAACAGAAGUCGAAAAAACAAAGGCAUCAAGUAGUUUGAGCAUGAAACUAAAUGUGAUCUCCGGGCAGAGGACAUAUGUGACAACAGACAGUGACCAAUUAGGGCAGAUCUAUUUGGGUGAAGAAGAACUUAAAUUCCGUAGGAUAGGCCAUGACGGCAUGAUGGAGCAAGACGCGGUUCACAUUGGAUACGAAGCAGAUGUGACUGCACAUCUGCUCGACACAAACGGAAAGAAAAUCGGAGUCACAGGGCUUCUGGACACAAGAGCGGUAGUGAGCGUGAUGCCGAUAAAAACUUGGGAGAGAAUGGGCUUCACGAGGGAAGAUCCAAUUCUGACAAAUCUCCGACUGGCCGCGGCCAAUCGAGGAGCGAAUUACGUAGCCUGA